AUGAAGCUUGUAAGCUGGAAUGCACGUGGACUUGGGAGUGAUCGUGCAUUCCGUAAUCUCUCCCGUUUAGUGUCUUCUUGUAAUCCUACUUUGUUAUUUGUUAUGGAAUCUUGGCUUGUUAAAAAUGCUAUCGAUCAUAUUAAGAUCAAGCUCCAUUUUGAUUCGGGCUUAGAAAUACCUAGGGUAGGUAGAAGCGGGGGCUUGCUUUUGUUAUGGACUAAUGAUGUAACUGUUACCUUACGUUCCCAAUCUAUUAGUCAUUUUGAUUGUUAUGUGUCGUGUGCUUUUACUAAUGUAUCUUUCCACCUCACUUGUUUCUAUGGCGCUCCUACUGCUUCUCUCAGGCCACAUACCUGGCAACUUUUGAAAAGGAUUGGUAGGGAUAACCCCAGCCUCCCUUGGCUCAUCAUGGGGGAUUUUAAUGCUUUCCUUUAUUUGCAUGACAAACAAAGUGGUAAUCCCGAUAGGGGCCCCUCGGCUGACUUCAGAAACUUUAUGGAGUCUUUUAAUAUUUUCCCGCUCGAGCCCGUGGGGCCCUCACUCACUUGGAAUAACAAUGUGGCUGCCCCUAGAAAUAUCCAAGAGCGUUUAGACUGGGGAAUCACUAAUAGUGCUUGGACUGACAUCUUCCCUGAGGCCGCUCUUUCUCAUUUGGGUUUCUUUGGUUCUGACCAUCGAGCCUUGGACCUUAGAAAUUGGAAUCACAAGAAAGAUUUCAAUUUCAAAAAGCACAUUUCUAAGAUCGAGAAAGAUCUGGAAAGAGCCCGCUCUUCUCCCGUCUGGGACGAGAGCACUAUAGCAAAAAUCAAAGACCUCCAAGCCAAUCUUGAGACCCUCUUGUACAAGGAGGAAACUUACUGGAAACAACGCGCAAGGACUCAAUGGCUUGCUCAGGGGGAUAAGAACACAAAAAUUUUUCACCGAUACGCCUCCCAUAGGAAAAAGAUCAACUCAAUCCACAAGCUCCAUUCGCCAAGUGGCGGAGUUCUUUCUAGUGAGGAGGAUAUCACUCGGGAGAUAGAAUCUCACUUUGACCAACUUUUCUCAUCCUCGCAACCUGCUGAAGAGGAUAUGCAAAAAGCUCUGGAAGGCAUCUCGUGUUAUUUAUCUGAUACAGAAAAAACUCUCCUGAAUGAAGACUUUACCCUGGACGAAAUUGAAAAAGCAUUUUUUCAACUUCCCCUGGACAAAGCCCCUGGCCCGGAUGGAUUCAACUCUAACUUUUACAAAGCUACCUGGUCAACAGUGAGAAUUGACGUCCUUAAAGCUGCCUCAAGUUUUCUCAAUGGAAAUGGUGAUGUGGCUCCCCUGAACACCACUCUCAUUACUCUAAUCCCUAAAGUCAAGCAACCCACAUCUAUUUCUGAGUACCGACCUAUUAGCCUUUGCAAUAUUGUUUAUAAGAUUAUCUCGAAGACAAUAGCUAAUAGGCUUAAACUCGUCCUCAACAGUUUGAUCUCUCCUAACCAGAGUGCUUUUCUCCCCGGUAGACUUAUUUCGGACAACAUCAUCAUUGCCCAGGAGGUCGUGCACUCCAUUAAGCUUAAAUCCAAAGGGAAUUCGAGAUGGAUGGCAGUUAAACUCGAUAUGGCCAAAGCUUUUGACAGAGUUGAAUGGCCAUUUAUUGUGGCCAUACUUCAGAAAUUCCAAUUUCCCCACCGAUUCAUUCAUUUGAUCUUUGCCUGUAUUUCCACAGCCACGUUUCAAUUUAACCUUAACGACAAAGUUGUUGGCAAUGUCAAUCCUACCAGAGGUAUUCGCCAGGGUGAUCCCCUUUCCCCUUAUCUCUUCCUCUUGUGUGCGGAAGGUUUCUCCUCCCUUCUGCAUCAACAAGAAAGAAACAAUGCCAUUGUGGGUUUUAAAGUUGCCCGACGAGCCCCUCCAAUCUCACAUCUCCUGUUCGCGAAUGAUAGUUUUCUUUUCUGCAAAGCUUCUAUCAGCUCGUGUAACACCAUCAAAGAAGUCUUGCACUUGUAUGAGAGGGCCACCGGUCAGAAAGUGAAUUUUCAAAAAUCUUCACUCUAUUUUUCCCCCAAUGUCGAGCUCAGAGAUCAAACCUUAAUUUCUGAUUUUAUGAGCAUCCCGGUCCGUUCCUCCUUCGAGAAAUACUUGGGACUCCCCCAGCACAUUGGACGAACAAAAAAGCAAUUGUUUCAUUAUCUUCAUAACAAAGUCUGGGGCCACCUACACAACUGGAAGAAUAAAGUUUUUUCUAAAGGAGGAAAAGAAACUCUUCUCAAAUUUGUCAUUCAGGCUAUCCCAACCUAUUCGAUGGCGUGUUUUCGCCUCCCCGCAGCUACUUGCCAUUCUCUCGAGUCCAUUAUGGCCAAUUUUUGGUGGGGUGUCAACGAAAAUAAUCGCCCUAAGACUCACUGCAUUUGUUGGGGAAAAGAGCUGCUGCACAAAGGAAUUAUUUCAAAAAUUGGUAAUGGGGAGAACACUUGUACUACCAGGGAUCAUUGGAUCCCGGGUUUUCGCCAUGUUACCCCCAUCUCCCCCGUCCCUAACAAAGUUGAAUCAUUCAUCACUAGUUCUAUGACUUGGGAUAUAGCCGCUUUACACAGAUGCUACCCGACUCAUGUGGUUGAGCAAAUUUUGGCCAUUCCCCUCCCCCUUACCCCCUUCCCUGAUGAUCAGAUUUGGGAAUUUUCAAAGUCAGGAGUGUACUCUGUCAAAUCUGGUUAUCACCUUAGCCUAUCCUCUACUUCCCCCCUGAUAUCCCUUCCUCUUCCUCUCCUUCCCCUUGGUGGAAAAACCUCUGGCACCUUAAUAUCCCUGCCAAGGAACAAAGCGCUAAAAGGUCAAUCUCACGAUCAGACUCACGCAAUCCUCGAUCUGGCGCACUCCUACCUAGCUGAGUUUCAAGAUUCCCAGUCGGCUCCAGUUCCCAUCUCCAGAACGCGAGACAAUCCGGUCUCUUGGUCCCCUCCGGCGUCGGGUCUUCUCAAGUUAAAUGUGGAUGCAACAAUCUCAAAUAAUAGCAGAAAAGUGGGUUUUGGCGGGAUUAUCAGAAAUAGCGAUGGUUUGGUAGUAGCAGCCCUUGCCCAACCUUAUAUUGGGGGAGGAGCUGUCGCUACUCUUGAAGCAAAAUCCCUCCUCUCUAUCUUACGGUGGUGCAUAGACGAGCAUUUCUUGGUCCAAGAGGUUGAAACGGACUGCAAAGCCAUUACCGAUGCACUAACUAAUAACAAGGAAGAUGUUUCAGUUUUUGGAGAUCUUAUUUGUCAAAUUAAGGAAGCCUUAUCUCUUAUCCCUAACGCUCGGCUCUCUCAUGUCAAUCGUGGUGCCAACGCUCUUGCUGAUAAGCUGGCACAUCGGGCCUUGGGGUUAGAUGAGGUUGCGAUCUGGAUAGGCGAUGACCCCUGUGAUCUAAUUGAGUUUCUUUCUCUUUAG